AUGAGUUCUAAGAAAGAUGGCAACUUCCCAAAAGAUAAUGAUAGAAGGCCAUUCAAGUGUGACAUAUGUUCUCGCGGAUUCCAUAGACUGGAGCACAAGAAUAGACAUAUUAUGACGCACACUGGCGAGAAACCACAUCAAUGUUCAUUUCCUGGAUGUGUAAAGAAGUUUAGUAGAGGUGACGAGCUUAAGAGACAUGCUAAGACACAUACUAGUAGUACAAGAAGAAAAGUGAAGGUAAAAAGAUCGAAAGAAACCCUCAUGCGCGCACAAAGUGAUCAGCAUUUUGGUGCUGCGUUUACCGGUAAUCCCUUUGUGACCGCUAGUGUGAGCUAUAACGAUCUUUUAUCUAACAUGACUCUUCAGCAUCACUAUAAUCCGCAAGUACAAUUUAAGUUUAUACCUUUCCCAGUAGUCGUUCCUCAACAAAGUAUACAAACAAACCAAGUUUCUACAAUAUCCUUUCCGGCCCCUGUAGCUCGUGGUGUAGUAACUUCAGUCCCCACAGUAGCUUUUCAGCAUCAGAAUGCAUAUAUAUCGCCUACGCCAAGCCCCCCUCCCAUGACUGUGUCUAUGCAGGGAAGUCAUCUCAAUGAUACUUCGUUGAGUUUACCCCAUUCUGUCACACCCAUGUCUGCAUCGAAUAGCUCAUUAGCAUUAAGCGAAGUAUCCUCUGUGUUUUCUACAAAUACAAGUAACUAUGCCUCUCACUAUUGUGAUACUCAGCUUGGACCAUCGGUGCGGAUGAAUGACUUUCCAGAGCCUGCCCACCAAAUGCCCUCACAAUCUGAACAAUCAUCACUAUCGAGAGAAAAGUUGAGUUUACCGCUUCCCAACUCACAUUAUUCCGAUUUUAGAAGAAAUGUACCGCCUGGUAAAAUCGUCAAACCUGUUAAUGAAGAUUCCAGAAGUAUUUCCAGUUCUAGUAGUUUAGUGUCUCUAAGAUCUUUCUUAAAUAAGCCAGGCACCGGUAAUAGGAUUUUCCCUAAAGAAUCAGUAUUAAAUAAACUUUCUAACACCACAUUAAAAUCCAGUACUGACUCCAAUGACAGUAUCUGUGUCUCCCCAAGAAGACGACAUCGUGCCAAGUUUGAUAUUUCCACAGAUGGUGACGAAAGUUUAGAGGAGGACAAUAUCAAUGAGGAUCUCAUUCCAAAUGAAAGGUCGGCCGGUAAUUUCAAGAUGAGAUUACCUCCAAUGAGUAGUAUCUUAAAACAAGUUGAUCUUUUCAAUAAACCACAGAAGUUUUGA